AUGGCCAACGACGAGAUCUUCUCGGGCCCCAUGUCCGAGAGCGUACCUACUGCCAACAGCUCCUUUGCACACCGUCGUUCACGCGCAGACUCGACUACCAGCUUCACCUAUUACGAUGAUCAGGACGAGGACCGGGAUAUCUCCGAUGAAGAAUGGCUCCAAGAAGAAGCCAUUAUUGACGAAGAAGCUGAGCUCGAAGAAGAUCGUGCUGAUGCUGAAGAUGGCCAUGCCUUUGCUGAGCCCGAUAUGGACCUAGAGUCUAACGAUCGGCCCUCUCUGCACAGUCGCAAAUCUUCUGGAUACUCUCGAUCAUCGGCCCGCAGCCCACUCUUGCGACGUCGACGCUCUUCGGACACGGACAGAAGUGUUCGAAGUGGCUAUGGCUCGGGCGGCAGAAUGAGCCAGAAAAUCUACAUACAGAACGAGGAUAUGACCAUUGUUGUUGCUGGUUUCAAGACUUCUGUUCUCGGCUACUCUAUCUAUCUCUGCAUAUCACUUUGUACUCUUGGACUUGGCUCAUUAUUAUUCCGCUGGUUGCCUCGAUGGCGCGUACGAUUGAUCGGCUCCCCGACUCCUCUGCAUAAGUGUGACUGGUUGGUCAUUGAGAAUCAGUGGAACGAAAUGGUCGUGCAGCAGCUGAGCAAGCAGAGUUUUGACAUGCCUCUUUCUUCGGUCUUCGGCAUGCCAGGCAAGGGGAAGAUGCGCGAGUUCGAUGAAUAUAACGACCCAAUCCUCGACGAACUCCGCAUCAUGGAUUACCGCUAUAUUCGUUUCUGCUUCCACCCCUUCAAGGACAAGUUUAUCCUCGGGAACACCUGGCAAGACCCCGCUUGGACAGAUGUUGUUACCAUACGUGCUGGUAUCGAUGGUGAGGAGCAAGAAAACCGCGAACGUAUUUUCGGCAAGAACAUGAUCGAUAUCGAGCAGAAGUCGGUCGGCCAGCUCCUUGUUGACGAAGCCUUGCAUCCGUUCUACAUCUUCCAGAUUGCCAGUCUGGUCCUCUGGUCUGUGGACGAGUACUACUACUAUGCUGCCUGCAUCUUCGUCAUUUCUAUUGUUAGUAUCGCUUCGACUUUGAUCGAAACUAGAGCGACUAUGGCACGUCUUCGGGAGAUCUCACGCUUCGAGUGCGACAUUCGUGUUCUCAGAAGUGGUUUCUGGCGUUACGUUCAGUCUAGCGAUCUGGUCCCAGGAGAUGUCUACGAGAUCACAGACCCAAAUCUGACCCAGUUCCCUUGUGACAGUCUUUUGCUUUCCGGUGACUGCAUAGUCAACGAAAGUAUGCUUACAGGAGAAUCAGUCCCAGUCUCAAAGAUUCCAACAACCAAUGAAUCACUGGAACUACUUGAUCUAAGCGCUUCUUCUAUCCAUCCCGAGGUCGCCAGAAACUUCUUGUUCAGCGGCACCAAGAUCAUUCGUGCCCGCAGACCCCAAGAGGACAAGAGUGACGAAGCCGCUGCGCUGGCUCUGGUCGUUCGUACAGGAUUCAACACCACCAAAGGAGCGUUGGUUCGCUCCAUGCUUNUUCCCAAGCCUUCUGGAUUCAAAUUCUAUCGAGACUCGUUCCGCUACAUCGCAGUGAUGGCAGGUAUCGCUAUGGUUGGCUUCGUGGCUUCAUUCAUCAAUUUUGUUCGCCUCGGCCUCGAAUGGCAUCUCAUUGUCGUUCGAGCAUUGGAUUUGAUUACUAUCGUUGUUCCCCCUGCGUUACCCGCCACUCUAACUAUCGGCACCAAUUUUGCUCUAUCUAGGCUGAAGAAGAAGUUCAUCUUCUGUAUUAGUCCUCAAAGAGUCAAUGUCGGUGGCAAGCUUGACGUGGUCUGUUUUGACAAGACCGGUACUCUGACUGAGGAUGGUCUCGAUGUCUUGGGAACGCGCGUAGUACACCGACCUGCCAACAGAUUCAGCGACAUCCUCACCGACUCUUCUGCUCUUCUGCCAGGCGCAACUUACGAGCGCGACCCUACAGUCGACUACAAUGCAAACAAGGCUAUCUUGUACACCAUGGCUACUUGCCAUUCUUUGCGGAUUGUCGAUGACGAGUUCGUUGGUGACCCUCUGGAUCUCAAGAUGUUCCAGUUCACCGGCUGGCAAUACGAAGAAGGCUCUGAACGACCUGGCGCGUCUGAUGAGGAUGAUCAAAACUCUCUGUCGCCAUCUGUAGCCCGCCCCCACCUGGUAUGGAACUUGNAUCUGGAUGAAGACGAGACUUCACCCAACAACAAACGAGCAAUUGAACUCGGAGUGCUGAAAUCCUUCGAAUUCGUCUCUCAAUUGAGGCGUGCGAGUGUCAUCGUACGUCAGUUCGGAGAUCCAAGUGGCAAUGUCUACGUUAAGGGUGCUCCUGAAUGUAUGAAAGACAUCUGCCGUCCUGAAAGUUUCCCACCGGAUUAUGAAGAGCUACUCAGCUACUACACCCACCGUGGUUUCCGUGUCAUCGCUUGCGCAACCAAGCAUAUCUUUAAGCUCAACUGGUUGAAGGUGCAANAGAUGAAGCGCGAAGAGGCCGAAUCUAACCUUGAAUUCGUCGGAUUCAUCAUCUUCGAGAACAAGCUUAAGCCCACUACAACUGGCAUCAUCGAAGAGCUUCGUGAUGCAAACAUUCGCACAGUCAUGUGUACCGGAGACAACAUCUUGACUGCUAUUAGUGUCGCCAGAGAGUGUAACUUGAUCGACAGAUCUGCUCAUUGUUUCGUCCCUCACUUUGUCGAGGGUGAUUCACGUACAGCACUAUCUCGCUUGAGCUGGGAAAGUGUGGAUAACCCUGCAUAUCAGCUAGACGACAACACUCUCAAGCCUUUGCCUCCGCCUGCCGAACACGACUCUUCUCUGCCAUACGACGUCUCAAACUUGCGCAACUACUCUAUCGCAGUCAGUGGUGAUGUUUUCCGCUGGCUUGUUGACUUCGCCUCACCAAAGGUUCUUCGUGAGAUGCUAGUCUGCGGCCAAGUCUUUGCGCGCAUGUCGCCUGACGAGAAGCAUGAACUUGUAGAGAAACUACAGAGCAUCGAUUACUGCUGCGGUUUCUGUGGUGAUGGUGCCAACGAUUGUGGUGCUCUCAAAGCUGCGGACGUAGGCAUCUCCCUCUCUGAAGCUGAGGCCUCAGUUGCCGCGCCGUUCACCAGCCGUAUCUUCGAUAUCUCCUGCGUACCAGAGGUUAUUCGCGAAGGUAGAGGAGCGCUUGUCACAAGUUUCAGCUGUUUCAAGUACAUGUCAUUGUACUCGGCUAUUCAAUUCACUUCUGUGAGUUUCCUCUAUGCAUCUGCAUCUAACCUUGGAGACUUCCAAUUCUUGUUCAUCGACUUGGCCCUCAUCCUUCCCAUCGCUAUCUUUAUGGGCUGGACAGGUCCAUACCCUAUCCUCUCCAAGAAACGACCUACUGCUAGCUUGGUCUCGCGCAAAGUCCUUACACCCCUACUUGGACAAAUUGUCAUCUGUGUUUUGACCCAAUUGGUCGGUUGGGAGAUUGUGCAACGCCAACCUUGGUAUCAGCCACCCAUCCUGGACAAGGAGCACUCAAACUCGGAAAACUCACAAAACACAACCCUCUUCCUGAUCUCUUGCUUCCAAUACAUACUUUCGGCCAUCGUGCUCAGUGUCGGACCUCCCUUCAGACAAUCUAUGACACAGAACCGUAAGUUCAGCAUAGUGAUUGGGGGUGGGAACAUAUUCACUAACAAAUUCAUAGUGCCUUUCGUCAUUACCAUGGUAGUAGCUGUUGGUGUAUCUGCCUACAUGCUGUUCGAUCCCGCCCCAUGGCUUGUCAGCCUGAUGGAGCUUACCGACAUGUCAACAAGCUUCCGCAUUUUCAUUUUGGUCCUUGCAACCGGAGGGUUUGCCUGUUCUUACCUGGCUGAAAGAGCUGUUUUCCCCCCUCUUGCCAAGUGGAUCGGUAAGGCUAACGCCAAACUACGACCGAGUCACCAGAAGAAGAGAAAGGAGUACAAGCUCAUUGCGGAGAGCAUGCGCAUUUGA